AUGGUCGCUCCAUCUGUAUCGGUACACACGACGCUGGCGGAUAUCUUUCUUAGCAGAAUCCCGGAAACUGAACGCUUCGCUGCCGUCCGAGACCUUGCCUCCAACAUUGACAGCAAUACACUUGGACUUGUUGCUGCACUCGCUCAUCAAUGUCCUGACGAGGAGGCAAACGUUCAUCUCAAUGAAUUCCUGAUCAGAUCGAUCGAGCAGGAUGAUGCUUCUUCAGCUGCAGCUCUAUGUGUCGAAUAUUCUCGGAUCCGAAAUGCUUUAUUGCACUGGACAGAUCGUGAACUUCACAUCUGCUUCUCACAGCUUCUUCGCCAGCCAGAGAAUGCCGAGUUUGUGGUUCCGGUUGAAAAGGUUUUGAUUGUGGACCCAUUUGUGUCACACUAUGACCCCGAGCUCGGAGUUGAUCGCCAGUUGGACGAACUUGUCAAGACGACUGUUAUGUACUUGAGCUUUGCUAAGCAACUUUUCAGAAGCCCGAUACUCGACAAAUCUUUUGUCGUCUCGAGUCCGAUAGUAUGUGCCAUGUUUGGUCUCCUUGCUUCAUCGAACUCGGAUAUCGCAGCUGCAGCUAAAGAGACUAUUCUCGCCUUCCUGGCUUCUUUCAAAGCUGGUACCUUUACCUUCUCGCAUUUCAAGACGGAUCCGGACGAACUUGAUAGGCAUCUUUGGCAAUGUAUCAGAAACCUGCUCGACUUCAGCGAGAAGAGCUCGUACAAGACCACUGCCUAUACUAUCUGGCUGAGAUGGCUAGACCUGGAUAGUCAUGGUUACUCGCGCCAAGUGGCUCUGCAAAAAGAUCCUUACUGGAAAUACUUGCUCGGCACGCUAGGCCAGUCGUCUCAAGGAGACACCGAGCAAAGGAAGAUCUGUCUCCAUGUUCUCAAAAAGUCCAUCUCAAUUUCUCGUAACAACAUUCGGGCCAACGAUAUGGAAUUGACACUGGACCAACAAGACAAGACGGGGUCCGUGGUCGCUGAAUCCCAGUACGCAAGAUUCUGCACUGUUUACGAGACAAUCGUCAUUGGCAGAUACCUCAACCAGGCACUGGAGUGCGUACAGGAUCUGGAUCACCUAGCGUCUGCUGAGACGAUAGUCCAAAAAUCAUGGCUCUUCGCUCUUCUCGAAUCAGCACUUUCUCCGGUCACUCAAGACAGUAUGCGUAAGAUGUUGGGGAACUGGCUCAUGAGCACCGACAUUAGGCUGUUCAGUCAUGCCGAAGAGUUUGCAACAUUAUUGCAGAAGUCUUUCCUGCCUUGGGCCACUCAAGGCCCCCUCUUCACUGGAAGUGUUCAAGGAAAGACCAGAGACAUGAGAUGCGCUCAUGGCACCAGACUAUCAAACUUUCUGGAAAGAUUGCUGCAAGCCCAUCUCAGCCGCGACGAUGCCUACUCCAGAAAAUGCAUCGUUAAUGCUGUCCUCGUUUAUCUGGAUAACAACAAGAACAAGAUUGUCCCUGUUGCUGUGAUCUAUCUUCUCCAAGGUCUGGUCAAGGGCCUGCAAGGGGAAUCCAUAGCUUGCAUGGAAGGCGAGGCAUUAGAACUCAUUCUCAAUCUGUCAAGAAUUACUGGCUACCCCGAGGUUGCGCGCGAUGCGAUGCUUGUACAAUGCUACAAGCUCUCCCAAUUGAUCAGCCAGGAUGCUGAGACAUACGGCGAGUAUGGCACGGAGAAACUGACCGCAUGCGACGCCAAGCUCGAGGUCCUAUCUAAGCAGAUCGAGGCAUUCAAGAUCAAUGCACCCUCACGAUUCGAGUCGGACGANAAAAGGUCGUCGAGAUGGAAGUCGCUUGAUGACUUUUUGAGCGAACUUGACAGCUCCCGCCAUAUUAGUGUUCAAGGUACUGGACUAUCGAUGGCGUGUGAGUCGUUGAUUUCAAUCUUCGAUAGGGCUGGCACCGACAAUCUCGAUGCUCAACAGCUGGAUCGCGCCUUUGACGCGGUGUGGAACGAGGUUGAGAGACAAGACUACCCUAGAGACGUUCUCAUGUUUUUACCACGUCUAGCACUGCAUCCUGGUUGUGUCAGUCGCUGUCUCGAGGAUGACACGUUGUGUGCCACAGUCCUGGAAAUCUUUGCUCAACUUCAGCGCUUAAUGAAGGGCAGAAUCUACCUCUGGACGCCUAUCAUGAAAGCAUAUAGAACAGCCAUGAUCACUUGUCCCGCUGCCGCCGAGAAGUUUGGCUUGGAUGAGUUUGUCAUUCAGACUGCAAACAACCUUCCUGCUGCAAGGCUUGAGUUCAAGUUGGAAGCUGCAGCCAUUCAAUUGUUGACUGAGGACGGUGACAUUCACCGCAGCUACAACGACUAUUACGGGGAGUAUGAAGAGAUUGGACAUGCGGCGUUCUUCGAUCUUGUCAACCGUCUCAGCAAUAUUGACUCAUCAAUGGUCAGUGACAUCUAUGAUCGCCUGCUCAAACCAUGGACGAAACAAAGAGCUCCUGUCCCUAUCGUCACUAGAUGGAAGGCCACUACGCAACUUCAAGUCUUGCUCAUGCUUUCUGAACAACGUCUUCAAGAGGUAUCGGCCAAGGAAGCGGAAGAUCAACUCCGAAUUUUGCUGAGAGUGGUCGCUAUUGAGCCGCUUCCGAGAUACCGCUUCGUGCUGGAAUGGAUUGUUGCCCGCGUCAUUCUCAACCAUCCUUCAACAGGCGAACUCGUUCUGGAUGCACUGUCGUCGAAAGACCACCAUUCGAACCCUAAAUACCUUGGAACUCUUGUCAAGAUUGCCUUGAUGAUCGCCUGCCAAGAUAACUGCUCUCGAGACUUCGCAGCAAGAGUAGCGUAUCGUCUAGUGGCCCUUGCAUCCAGCGCAAAAAUCAUCAUCCGUCAUGAAGCACAAUGGUCAUUCCCAAUCCUGUGGGAUUAUGCUGAUAGCAGGGGUUGGACUGAGAUCCAAUCAAACCCUGCUUGUGCUGCAUUAAACGAGUACAUCCGCAGUCUCGAAAGAUUCUCGGAGCCGCCACCCGCUAGAGAACUCGAACGUCUCGAUCCCUCUGCGGACAACACACUUACAAACUUGCUCCAAGGCAAGUAUCUCCGUGUCGAACCACCGGGUGAAGAGGCCGUCGUGACUGGCGAUUUCCAACGCUUGUGGGACAAGGACAUAAUUACAAAAGCAACAUCCGAAGCCCUACCUCUCGGUUCUCAGCCCUCCAUCCCAACACAAAACGGCAUCCUUCCCGCCCAAGCAACACAAGAGCAAUCCAAAGAGUCAGCUCGCACCGAAGCAUUCGCCGCCCUCCAAACAAAAGGAACAGCGUACCUCUCAACCGACUUCUCNCCCUCCGACUCGUCAUCCACCUCAUCAACACGCCCAACCUCCCUCAUCGUCGUCGGCUCCCUCGUCGACAACGCAUACAACCUUGGCGGCCUCUCCCGCAUCAGCGAAAUCUUUGGCGCAGAGGCAAUGUAUAUCCAAUCCCCACACUCCGUGCUCGGCAACAAAGACUUUGUUUCCGUGGCCGUGGCCUCGCAGAACCAUCUCCCCAUCCACGAUUUGCAUGCCGAUAAUCUAUCUGCUUUUCUCACUGAAAAGAAGAUGCAGGGGUAUACUGUUGUGGGUGUUGAGCAGACUGAUCGCAGUGUGCUUUUGGGUAGCGAACAGUGCAAGUUGCCGGAAAAGACGCUGCUUGUUAUGGGCAGAGAGAAGGAAGGUGUGCCGGCCAACGUGCUGGGAGAGUGCGAUAUGCUUGUUGAGAUUCCGCAGAAGGGAGUCACGAGGAGUAUGAAUGUGCAGACCGCGUGCGGUGUGGUGCUUUUCGAGUACGCUAGGCAACAUCAGGCAUAA